AGGCUCCUGAUUGGUUGUCAAAUCUUGCACUGAUCAGCUGUGUUGCAAUUACAGCUGCGCAUAACCGUGCAGACCGUCGACGUUCAACUGUGGUCUUUUGCUGCUUUGAUUCAAAAAGAUGUCGCUCGAGGCAGAUUUUAAGACGGUGGCAGAGGAUGUGAAGAAGGUAAAGACUAGGCCUUCAAACGACGAAUUGUUGACCCUAUAUGGUCUUUAUAAGCAAUCCCUUGUUGGAGACAUUAACAUAGACAAACCAGGAGCGCUAGAUGCCACAGGAAGGGCAAAGUGGGAAUCUUGGAAUUCAAGAAAAGGAAUGUCCAAGGAUGAUGCCAUGUCAACCUACAUUACAAAUGCUAAGGAAAUCAUCAGCAAAUAUGGCAUGUAAGACUUGCAAAAACCCUCCAAGUAUUUGGAAUAAUGUUCAACUCAUUAAAAACAAAAAAUGUUUUUUUUCCCUAGCGAAAGAAAAUUACUUAAUCUCUAACAAGAUAUGGCAAUGUUUGUUUGAAUAAUAAAGAUAUUUCUGUUGUUAGGGUAUUCUUAUGUUUAUAUAAUUUAGUUUACUGGAAAAAAAAGUUUUCUGAUACACUGAUACACAGUUUUACUAUAGCCCAAGAAUGGGCAAAAUGAACAAAAUGCUGACACAUGUUAACAAAUGAAAUAAAUAAAUUUAUUCCACAUUU